AUGGGAAGCUUCGCCUACGGGUCCCUGUCGGAGAAUGCCAAUGGGGCUGUCCAGGUCGACCCAUUGGGCACCGACAUGGUCGUCGACUAUAAUGGGGAGCAAGUUGCUCUAUCUCCUGGCGACACUGCUUGGGUACUAGCUUGCGGAGCUCUCAUCAUCUUCAUGUUGCCAGGACUUGGCUAUCUUUAUUCUGGGCUCACCAGACGAAAGAACGCUUUGUCGCUCAUCUUCAUCUGCUGGGUCGCUCUCGCCAUAACCUCCGUACAGUGGUGGGUGAUUGGCUACAGCCUCACGUUUUCCGAGACGGGCGGGCUGUUUCUGGGCAACGGGAGAAAUGUCGGCUUUAGACUUGUGCUCGAGAGACCGAUCCCGGAGUCCAACAACAAGAUCCCAGAGAUCGUCUUCGCAAUGUAUCAAAUGUGUUUCGCCUGCCUCGUCCCUUCAGUUCUUCUCGGGGCAGCCGCAGAACGAAGCAGGAUGCUUCCUGCGAUGGUCUUCAUCGUCUGCUGGACGACUCUUGUCUAUGACCCCAUCGCGCAUUGGAUCUGGAGCUCAAAUGGCUGGGCCUAUAAAUGGGGCGUAUACGACUACGCCGGUGGGGGUCCUGUCGAGAUAGCGUCGGGAGUCGGUGGCUUGGCAUACUCCUACUUCAUCGGAAAGCGACGCGGAUACGGUACUGAGCUCGUGGUAUUCAAGCCAUCGAACGUCAGCCAAGUCGUGCUUGGGACUGUCCUUCUCUGGGUCGGAUGGCUUGGUUUUAAUGGCGGCUCUUGCUUUGCUGCAUCGCUGAAAGCAGCAUAUGCGGUGUUCAAUACCAAUCUCGCUGGAUCCACUGGCGGAAUCGUAUGGAUGAUCAUGGAUUUCCGUUUGGAACGCAAGUGGUCGGUCGUUGGAUAUUGUACAGGCGGUAUCGCAGGAUUGGUUGCCAUCACGCCCGCUGCUGGAUACGUAGGAGCACCUGCUUCAGCUUUGAUUGGAGUUGUCGCCGCGGCCGUGUCAAAUAUGUGCACAAGACUCAAGACAUCCAUGCGCGUGGACGACCCAAUGGACAUCUUUGCUGUCCACGCUUUGGCCGGUGUCGUUGGACUGCUGAUGACUGGAUUAUUCGCGCAAUCUUCGGUGGCGGCCAAUGACGGAUUCUCAGAGAUCGCAGGUGGCUGGCUGGAUCACAACUAUAUACAGCUCGCCAAACAGCUCGCAUGGUGCGCCGUCACCUGUAGCUGGACUUUUGUUGUCACCUACCUCAUCAUGUUCAUCAUUAACUUGAUUCCCGGUCUGCAAUUCCGAUCCAGCGAAGAGGCGGAGAUUGUUGGUCAAGAUGAAGUCGAGCUUGGAGAAUACGUGGCAGACUACGCCUACCACGAGAGGGAUCUCGAAGGCAAUUACUUUGACCCAAGCACUCAACCUCCCACUCGGCAUCACAGUCCACCUACGAAAUCACCUGCAGAGCCGAUCGAGGAUGAGAAAGCGUCAGGACCGCGAGGGAAGUCCGCAUUUUCACAUACCAGCUCCGAGACUCGGACAGCCGUUGCUGAUCUGGAUCUCGAGUUGGCAAUCAAGCGCAAUCAAUCCCGAUCACAAAGUAGAGGCAGGAGUAGACCGAGAGAAGUGAGGCUGUCGAGUCCAGUACGGGAAGAAAGGAGUCAGGAUGGACUGCAGAUGACUCGAGUUCGGUCCGGAAGCCCAGGAGUCUUCGAUAGGUAA